AACCCCCUCCAAAAAAUUUCUUUACUGCCUGAGCUAAAUGUGGUAUUGAUUUCCACGAUGAAUUGAUCUUCUGCGCUUCACUUCUUGAUGGACGUGUAUUGGUAGCAAAGCUAUGCUAGCAAGCCUCUCAAACCUACUCUCGAAGCAGCCCACACAAGCGAUCCCCACUGCUCAAUUUUUUUGGGUUUUCAGAAAUUUAAAUUCAUGGGCUGCGGCCAUAAGAAAGGCCUCGUCGUCUCAUGAAGCAUUGAAGAUUUAUACCCAGAUGCAACAGAAAAGAGUACCCUUUGAUAGCUUUUCUAUACUCUUUACUCUUAAAUCAUGCACAGUAUUGAGUAAUCUUCCUCUUGUACGCCAUUUUCACGCACACAUUGUUAAGAUAGGCUUUAGUUCCCAUGUUUAUGUAGCCACCUCGCUGCUGAAUGCGUAUGUCGUGGCCUGUUUUGAAGAUGCGUGUUACCUGUUUGAUGAAAUGCCUGAGAGAAAUAUUGUCACGUGGAAUACGAUGAUCACGGGCUAUUCACGUUAUGGGGAGUUGGGCAAAGCACGUGUAGUGUUUGAUCAAAUGCCGGCGAGGGAUCCUUCAUCAUGGUCAGCGGUUAUUUCUGGGUACAUGGGCAAUUGCCUUUGGGAUGAUGGUUUGGCCCUUUUUCGUGAAAUGGUGGUGACUGAAGGACUGAGGCCUGAUCAAGUGGUCAUUGGUUCAGUUUUACCAGGGUGUGGUCACAUGGGUUCGGUUGGUUUGGUGUUUGGCAAGUCAAUACAUGGAUUUGUGAUUAAGAAUAAGUGGGAACUGGAUGUGGAAUUAGGUACAUGUUUAGUUGAUAUGUAUGCAAAAUGUGGAUUCUUGAAGGAUGCCUGUUUGGUUUUUGAAAUGAUGACCUAUAGGAAUGUGGUGGCUUGGACAGCUUUAAUAUGUGGUUUUGCACAGCACGGUUGUGGAGCAGAUGUAUUCUUGAUAUUUCAGAGGAUGAGGGAAUGUGAUGUGAAGCCUAAUGAGUUGACUUUUACAGGGUUACUGAGUGCUUGUGCACAGGCAGGAUUGGUGGAAGAGGGUCGGGGAUACUUUAGAAUGAUUGAAGAGUAUGGGCUGAGGCCGAGAAUGCAACAUUACGGUUGCAUGGUUGAUUUAUUUGGAAAAGCAGGGUUGUUGGGUGAAGCUUAUGAGAUUAUAAGGGCAAUGCCAUCUGAGCCAAAUGUUGUUAUUUGGGGAUCAUUUUUGGCAUCUUGUAAGUUGCAUAAACAGUUUGAGAUGGCUGAGAGAGUAAUUGACCGGGUAAUGAGGACAGUUAGACCUGAGAAUGAUGGAGGUGUGUAUACUCUCAUUUCUGAUUUGUAUGUCUUGAAUGGUAACUGGGGUGAGGCUGAAAGGGUCAGAAGAUUGAUGCUGAACCAAAGCGUUAGAAAGGCUAGAGGAUCAAGUUUUAUCAGAAGUGGAACAAUCUGAAUUGCUAAACUCUUGUUUCCCAUCCAAGUAAACCGGCACCCUGGUGGUUGUAAAGUUUUACAAGGAAGAAGAAAAUUUUUUGAAAGUUCUUGAAGAAACGUAAGAUAAAUUCCUUUAUUAAUUAACAACAUUAAGGACAAAAAAUAAGAGAUUUCCGUAUGGGGAACUUCUAUUCUUUUUGCACAAGGAAUAAACACGGACACAUGCAGAUGCACACAAAACAUUCCCCACAGAAGUGUGAGGAAAUUGACAGAACAGUUGGGGGAAAAUUGCGCCACUUCUCCAGUCUUUCCAAUUGAUACUGACCUCGUCCCUGACGUCACACAUUUUGCUUGUUUCUCCAUCUGUAUGGCUUCCCGAAUAUAGCUACCUUCAACAAAAUUCCACAGAACAUUCUUCAAUAUUCAGUUUCAAUUGUUAAGCAUGGCUGUGUAGCUUGGACCACAGAUGAGAAUGAACACAUGCUAUGGUAACUAUUCUUCAUCCAUUUGCUAUCUUCCAUCUCUGUCUGGCAUUUUCUUUCUUAGAUCUCUUGACGAUGUAUAUCUGUGACGAAAGUAUCACAUCUCUUGUUUUUCUCAAUUAUCUUGCUUCUCUUUCUUUUGCCAAUAUGCAAGUUGCAGCAGCCAUGAACUUUUCCUGAGGCUCUUCCUGUCUAGCUUUAUGAUCUGGCCUCGCUUUCAUAAUGUUUUCUGCCUUACCAGAAAAUUGUAGUUACCAACACUGGGAUGGAGAAACCAACGGUGCCAACUAAGCUACCAAAUGGGUAAUUGGCCAGGAGAAGGCUAAGGAUUGUGUUAAAAGGUCAUUGUAAGUCGUAUAUUAGAUUCAUCUUGUACUUUACUUUGUAUACCUUAUGCUUGUUCUUUUCUAUGUAAAGAAAUUCCAUUAAAGGAAAAAGGCAUU